AUGGCUCUCCACACAUCAUUGGUACUAGUUUCCGCUGCUUGCCUCAUAAGCUGUUCUGUGACUGGUACAGAACUAUCCAAGUCCACAGAACUGAAACCGGACACGAAAUCUGAAAAUACCGAUAAUGAAGUAACGGCCAAAAGAGUGGUUUUCGGUGCGAUACACCCUAUCAACCAUGGUUCCGGUGGUUCCGUCGCCGGUGGUGGCAGCGGUUACGGUUCCGGUUCUGGUCAUGGCUCUGGCGGCGUGGGAAUAGGCGUUGGCUUCGGUGCAGGUGGUGGAGGAGGUGCAGGAGGAGGUGCAGGAGGAGGAGGCGGAGGAGCCGGAGGGGCCGGAGGAGGUUAUGGCAUCGGGGGUGAAUCAACCAACAGUAACUACGGAACUGGUGUCGGUUAUGGACAAGGAAGCGGAUCCGGCGGUGUCGGUUAUGGACAAGGAAGCGGAUCCGGCGGUGUCGGUUAUGGACAAGGAAGCGGUUCCGGCGGUGUCGGUUAUGGACAAGGAAGUGGAUCCGGCGGUGCUGGUUAUGGACAGGGAAGUGGUACUGGCGGUACUGGUUAUGGACAGGGAAGUGGUACUGGUUAUGGGCAAGGAAGUGGUUCUGUCGGUACUGGUUAUGGGCAAGGUAGCGGUUCUGCCGGUUCCGGUUAUGGACAGGGAGGUGGAUCUGGUGGUUCCGGAUAUGGACAUGGAAGUGGUACUGGAGGUUCUGGUUACGGCCAGGGAAGCGGUUCCGGUGGUUUCGGGCACGGAGGUGGUUAUGGUUCAGGAAGUGGUUCUGGAAGUAACACCGGUGGAUACGGUCUUGGAACCGGAGGGAGCUAUGCAAACGGUUUCGGAGCUGGUCAAGGUAGUGGUUUUGGCGGUGGAUCUGGUCAAGGAGGUGGUUUCGGAGGCGGAUCCGGUCAAGGAACAGGAUUUGGUGGCGGCGUCGGUCACGGGCACGGACACGGCGGUGGUUUCGGACACGGCGGAGGUUUCGGUCAUGGCGGUGGAUUCGGUCACGGUGCUGGAUUUGGUCAUGGCGGUGGUUACGGCGUCGGCGGUGGAUUCGGCGGUGGCGGUGGUCAUAGUCUCUUCGGUCUACACCACAAGCCUCAACUCAUUGGAGCCCUAGCCCAUGGUGGCGGCGGUCAAUUCGGCGGCGGCCUCGGAUUCGGCGGUGGUGCCGGCGGCGGCGCAGCAGCUACUUAUGGCUAA